GCCGGGGCGGAGCGAGAAGGAGGCGCGCUCGGCUCUGCACCUCGCCUCGCCUCUCCUCCGCGAUGGCCACCGACGAGCUGGCCGACAAGCUGAGCCGCCGCCUCCAAGUAGAGGCGCACAAUGGCGAAGCGGAGCAAGCUCAGCCCUCGCCGCCGCCUGCUGCUCACCCGGAUCCCGACCCGGAGCCGCCGGCCCUGGACAGCGGCGCCGACGGCGAGCUCAGCGCCAAGCUGCAGCGGCGCUCCGAGCUCAACGACCCGGCGCAGCUCUCGCCCGGCGGAGGAGCCCGCCGCGUCUUCAGCCCCUACACCGAGUUCCGCGAGUUCUCCCGGCGGCAGAUCAAGGACAUGGAGCGGCUCUUUCGGCAGUAUGAUGCAGGAAAAGACGGCUUCAUUGACCUGAUGGAACUGAAGCUGAUGAUGGAGAAACUAGGAGCUCCCCAGACGCACCUUGGCUUGAAAAACAUGAUCAAGGAGGUAGAUGAAGACUUUGAUGGCAAACUCAGCUUCCGGGAGUUUCUUCUCAUCUUUCGCAAAGCUGCUGCAGGCGAGCUGGAAGAAGACAGCGGCUUGCAUGCCUUGGCCCGCCUGUCGGAGAUUGACGUCUCCACGGAGGGCGUCAAGGGAGCCAAAAGCUUUUUCGAGGCCAAAGUACAAGCCAUGAAUGUCACGAGCCGCUUUGAAGAAGAGAUCAAGGCCGAGCAGGAAGAGAAGCGGCGGCAGGCAGAAGAACAGAAGCAGCGGAAAGCAGCCUUCAAAGAGCUCCAGUCGGCGUUCAAGCAGUGAUGGGGCCAGUCCUGUUGGGAGGGACCUUUGUGGCGAAUGCUGUCCCGGAAAAGUCCUCCCACAAAACGGGGAAUGUUGUGACGCUGCUGGCGAUUUGCGGUUCCCUUCUCUUUUGAGCCGUGCCUUCAGCGGCCACUUGAACUGCAGGUGCGAAGGCUUACCUCCGGGCUGUGCAAACCCCCUGCUUUCUGCAGCUCAAGCGGGCGUCGAAGGCACAAGGGCAGGCCCGGUUACAGGGUUCCCUGGUCGGUGGGCAGCCCUCGAUGGUUUGCAUUUGGGACCAAUGUGGGAAAGAAUUUGCAUUUGAAUCUGGAGCCGUUCGGGGCUCUGGCUGUGAAAACCGCCCCUGUGCUGUUUCUUCUUGACCUGUCAGUACCGCAGGCAAACAUCCCAGAGGCCGCUGCUGCCAUCAUCUGUUUUCCUGUGGUCUGGUUCCGUGUUUCCCCCCCUGUGAAUGGCGUGACUUGUCUGUCAGGUGGGAGUUUUCUAACAUGGUGUGUCCUGAGCCUAAGCUUUGCACGUUUGACUUGUGAAUCAUUUCAUAACCCAGCUGGUUUGGUGACGGCUGUGGUCGUGGCUGACCGUUAGCGAUUGGCGGGGGGCAGGGGGAGGACUGAAUGGACCCUUGCUCCGUUGGGAAUGCUUGUGCAAGAAAAGGAAAAAAACCAUGCAGCUUUUGCAUGUGCAGUGUGUUCCAAUGAGUAAUGCUUAAAUUGGUCACUUUAAAGUCCCUUUGCUUGAAGCUUUGCCAAAAACCAGGGGCAGGGGGUUGUAAACCCACCAGAGGUAGCGGCCUGGAAACCAGGAACACCCUUACUCCCCUUCUCGAUGUUUCCUUCUUCCUUUUCCCCGAUUAAUUCUGCCAUGUUACAUGAACUGUCUGAAAUUGCCUUGAUGCAAAAUGGGAAGCCUUCAAACUUCCCGCGCGUCCUGCUCGGGAAUUCAGGAGAAAUUUCCACUGCAAACUGGUAUCAUUCACGGUUCCUUGAACCGCAUGUGAUACGAAACGCAGCUCUCCGAAAUUAGUGCUCCUCCGAUGUUUUUGCGAUGCAAUACUCCAACCAAACAAAAAAAGCAUACAAAAAUGUGUAACCUUUAGCAAAUGCAUCCCGUUAGGGGGGGAAAUGGGCAUAUUCGGCAAAACUGCAGACAGAGAAAUGUGCGCUAAAAUGCUGAUUAAUUUCCAUGAGGACUUUUUCAUUUUUAAUGGCAAACUCACCUUAAGGUUGGAAAACCGAGAAACUAAGAGACCAAAAUUGACAGAUUUGCCCAUCCCUGCACAUCCCACCAUCAAAGUUAAAGUUGAGCUAUUUUGCUUCCCUCCUGGACUAUCCAUUUCCCAGGUGCCCGUGCUUGCUUGUAGGCAGUGGAAGCUGGUCCGUUAAGGCAUGUGGGGCACCACCCCACCAAUCUCAGUCUGCCCUCAGCCAAUCCCCACCUGCCUGCCUUCUUACCUUAAACCACCCCGGGGUUGGCCCUGCCUGUCGGCUUCCUCUUCCUACGGCUCAGUGUUGCCUUUGCAGAACUCAGCAGGAGGACUGAGACAAAACUAGAAUUGGUUGGCUCUGGCGCCACCUGCUGUUGGCCUCCCUGCCUCCCCACCCCACCAGUCCUGAUGGGCACCAGCUACUGCUGCCUCUUGCAAACCGUUCACACUGGGAGUGAGAAGGUGUUGCGUUGGCUCCUUGUGGUUACACUUGGGAAAGUGGCAGCGAGUUAGGACUGCCCCCACGGUUCCAAAGAACUUGAAGGGAGAAAGCUGUGUCUCUCCCCCCUGAAAGGAUUUUUCCAAUUAGCCCGGAGCCCUGAGAUUUUGUCACUCUAGGCUCUUUCCCUCGUAGUUCAUAGAUUCAUAGAGUAGGUAGGGACCCCAAAGGUCAUGUAGUCUAACCCCUGGCCGAUACAAGAAAUCCAUGACUGUGGCAUCCCUCAUAAGUGGCCGUCUGCUUAAAAGCCUGUCACAAAGUCGGCAAAUUCAAUUGCUUCUCAAUACUGUGAGUCUCCUAGCCUCCUUCCCACAAACAUCAGUACGUUGUCAAACUUUUAAGUCAGGAACGGGGAUCCUUUGCCCCUCCAGAUGCUGGACUUCAUGUCCCAUCAACCCCAGCAAGUAGGGAUGAUAAUGGGGGCUUGGGUUCAGCAUCAUCUGGAGGGUGACAAAUCCUGGUGCAAAUCCCUGAUGCAAGUUGCCAGUUUUCAUUUCUAAGACUCGUUUCCUGCUGUUCAGUUCAUCUCUCUCUAACGUUGCCAUUUUUAAAGGGGACGUUCAGGCAAAAGAAUAUGCUCUGACAUCUGUCUUCGGCGGCACAGGCCCUGGUCCCUAUUUCAGCACCAUCUAAGGAUGGCCUCAUCUUUUAGAAAACUGGACUUUGCACAGUCUGGGUGGGGCAUCUUGGCAGAGGCACUGCCCAUUCUAGACGAUGCAGCGGGGUCAAAGGACGCUCUCGACGAGGCUGUCACUAGAGCGGCAUCGCUUAUUUCUCUUUGUGUUUUCGUGUCUGUGUUUUAUAUCAAGGCAAUAACCCAAGUGCUGGAACAAUGACAGGAUGAAGCUGAUGGCUAUUUUUUCAAAAAGAAAAAGUCUCAUACCUAAGUAUCCACCCAAUUCUAGAAUCACUUGGGCAAAACAUUUUCUCCCCGUAAGUGUAAUAUUCUAUCUGUGUUGAAUGUUCAGGCUGGGAGACCACCCUUAAGUGCUUUUAAAUGUCCCCGUGGUUCAUCUGGACUAUUACUGUUCAGGUUUUAUUUUUGCAUGCACCUGUGAUCACAAAGAGGCAAGCCCCGAUUGUCGUGUUCAUGUUCUGUAUGACAAGGGGGAAAAUUUCUUCCAAAAUUAUUUUUUUGCCCAACGCUCAUAAAACAAACCAAUAGAGCCAGCAUUGCCCAUUUUUUGACUUUGCAAAAGUCCCUGUGAGGCUCCAGGAUUGGGGGGGGAGGGGUGCUUUUUAAGAUACCUUAAGUGCCCCCCCUUAAUUUGGAAGAGGUGGGGUGUGCAAAGUAAGAAUUCUUUUGACCUGCAGGUGGUGGCAUGUCUCUCUGUGCCCCGUUUCACCUGUUUAUUUCUGACAGUUGCACCAAUGGCACAGGAGCAGGUCGAGUCACCUUUUUUAAUGAUAAGUUGGCAAUGCCGAAAAAACCCAUUUGGUUUUGAAACUUGAGACAGCAGCAAGGGAAAUUCAUGCCGUUGGUUGAGUAAGCUCCCUGAGCAAAGCUAAACUUUUAAAAGCCAGAGACUUGACAUUAUAUUUUGUGACGCAUAUAUUUUGUUACCUGGUACUUUGUUCUUUUCAAAAAGGCAUCAAGUCUAAUUUCUCUCAUUUGCUAAGUGAUAUCCCUCUCCAGUUCCCCCCUUUCUGUCUCCCUGGGAGAUUUCUAAUUACUUGGUUGCAUUCAUGCUAACCCUUUAUUUUUCUGGCGAAAGAUUUUAAAAGUCCCGCUGAUGGAUCUUAGAGGCUUUAUUUUUUCAUAUUGCAGCCUUGGGUGGCUGGGGGGUCAGGAGUGGGUUGGGGUUUAGGAAAAUGCUAUAUUCAGUCUCUCCUUCCAUUCUACACCUUUUCCCCCCCCGAUAUGUUUAAAUGGAUGGAUUAAUCAGAAUGUGUUUUCACUUUUGAGUCCAAAACCUGCUCCAUUUCAGUGGUAUAAUUUUAUUUUUUUAAAACCAAAACUAAUUAAAAAAUAUAUUUCA